GGACGUGUCAUCGGCCGCUCGAGGCGCUCGAUAGAGUCUGACCUUUUCGCGGCGCCGCGCUGCGACGUUAUACACUUCCACCGCCUUCUCAACGUCGUCUUCUUCUUCUUCUUCGCCUUCGUCUUCCUCACACUAGACGCAGGCGGACGACUGGCAGAACGUUACAGAACGUUACAAUUGAUGUUUGUGCCCGGUUCGCAACUGCCAUCACGAAUCUGUUUCCCACACUUCUGACUGACUGAAGCGGUUAUCUUAUUCACGCUUAGUACUCCAGGAAAGAUAUAUCGUCGCUCAAUACGAUAUGACGGACGCUAAUAAACCUGAAUAUUUUUAUUACUCCAUGAGUGGCACCGCGGAAGAAGAUGAGAAGCUGUUGGAACCGAUCAGGUACAUUCUUCAAGUUCCUGGGAAACAAAUAAGAGCGAAAUUAGCAAAGGCUUUCAAUUACUGGCUGCAAAUAUCAGACGACAGACUUCAAGUAAUCGACGAUAUAGUAAAUAUGCUUCAUAAUUCGAGCAUUUUCAAAAUAUUGUUGAAUGGCUGGCCAUCUACGCCUAAUAUUUUACGUAUGUUCUCGGGAGAGGCCACCCUCUACAAACUGUUAAAGAUUGAUGAUAUUCAAGAUAAUUCCAUUUUGCGCAGAGGUAUUCCUGUUGCGCAUUCAGUUUUUGGAAUUGCUAGCUCAUUAAGUGCUGCAAAUUACGUAUUAUUUAUUGCUCUGGAACGAGUUGUCAAUUUACAACAUUCAGGGGCAACGAGGGUAUAUAUGGAACAACUGCUGGAGCUUCACAGAGGUCAGGGAAUGGAUAUUUUUUGGAGGGAUAACUUUAUCUGUCCAACCGAGGAAGAUUACAAGACCAUGACAAUAAGAAAAACUGGUGGGCUCUUUAACUUGGCGGUAAGAUUAAUGAAACUGUUCUCAACUUAUCAAGAAGAUUUUUCAUCGUUAAUAGCGACAUUGGGAUUGUAUUUUCAAAUACGUGACGAUUAUUGCAACUUAUGCCUCGGCGAGUACACCGAAAAUAAAAGUUAUUGCGAAGAUUUGACGGAAGGAAAGUUCAGCUUCCCAAUUAUUCAUGCGCUCACAAAUAAUCCUGAUGAUAGACAAAUUAUACAUAUUCUAAGACAACGAACAAAGGACAUUGAAGUGAAACGUCAUUGUGUUAAAUUAUUGGAAAAAUUUGGUUCCUUUAAAUACACGAGAAACGUACUUGAGGAAUUGGAUUCAACUGCGAGGGCUGAAAUUGAACGUUUAGGUGGAAAUCCACUUUUGGUGAGGAUUUUGGAUGAGCUCAAGAAUUGGGAUACUAAAGAUGCGCCUAAAGAUCCCUUAACUGGAACAUUUUAAAUUAAAAAUUAUUUAUUUUUGUAAAACUGUCAGUAUAUUAUUACACGUGUUUUUUUUUUAUAAUACUAUUCAAAAUUAAUGAUGUAAAUGUAAGCAGUAAAAAAACCGAUAAACACAAGAAAAAGUAAUAUAGAAAAAUGUAUCGAUAAUAUACGAUAAUAUACGAUAAUAUACGAUAGUUUUUUUAUUGGGUUUUGUUAAUGAAAACAUUUGUAAAAUUUUAUUGGGCAUCCACUAAAAAUACAAUUUCUAAUGUAAAGUCAUUUAUAAUGUAAAGUCCUUAAAAAGCACCGAACUUGCAGUUUGACAGCAGUUUGACAGUUUUCUGUCAUAACAUUCUUGGGAUAGAUGCGAAUAUGUACCUUUUGCCAUCGUGCCAAAAUUUUGUAGAAAAAGGAAAUCUUUAUAAAUUAUUAUUUAAAAGGUGUUAAAAUUUUCCAUUUUAGUUCAACCCAAGUGAGAAGUACGUUAAAAUCGUCUAAAACAAAAAAGGAAGGUAAUUAAUUUAUCUUUCCAAUUAAUAUUUGCGUCUUGUAAAAAACACAAACUAAUAGAUCUGGUUUACCUCACUCUCCCCUAUGUAACUAUAUAUAAUUAUUGAAUUGAAUUUUCUCGAAAUAUGCAGAGAAUAUUUAUUUAUGUAAAUAGGUAUUUAUAAAGCAAAGAUAAUAUUUCCGUUUUUCAAUGCGCAAUUGUAAACCGGUUGGGGACUGUAUAAAGUUUUAUUUUGUAUUAUAAAUGAACAGGAAUUUUUUAAAGACGGUAACUGGGAUAAAAUCACUUUUCUGUAUAAACAAUUUUAAUAAACAGAAAACUAUUACUCAAA